AUGGUUGACAAGUUACCACCAGUUGAUGAAACAUCAACUGAUCAAUCAAAUCAUCACAAACAACAACGGCAGCAAAUAAAUCGAAAAAAAAAACUACGUCGUUUACAUUAUACAACUCCUAUUUAUACCGUUGAAGAUGUUGAUGAUAAUGUGAUACUUACUGGUAAUCAAGGUGGUGGUACAGGUGCAGGUGCUUUUACUCAAGGUGGUCCAAUAGGUGCAGCUGGUGUUAAUUUAGGUGGUCUAAUAGGUGCAGCUGGUGUUAAUCUAGGUGGUCAUAAGGGUGCAACUGGUUCUCAGCAAGCUGGUCUUAUACAUAUAAUGCAAUCGCAUGAUAUUCGCGGUUUAUUUGCAUUAAUAGCUGAAGAACUGAAUUGA